GGAGCUCGGGCCUUGGCUGUGACUGUGUGAGAGAGCUCGGGAGCGUCUAGGGUUCGAUACUCAAGCUUGAGAGCGUGGGGUACUCGGCGUUUGGGAUGAGAGCGUCUAGGGUUCGAUACUCAAGCCAGAAGGUGAAUUAUUUUAGGAAGGAGCCUCGGGCAAUGAGGUGACCAAUGAUGAUGUGCGUUAGCCGUUACAAAAGGAUGUGAUCAUGAGGCGGUUGAGUUCGAGUGGCGGAUAGGCGUCGCCGCCAAGGACUAGACAAAAGUUGCUAAGAAAAGGCAGAUCGAAGUCAUGGAGCUGGAAAUUGAAGAAGUUGGAAGAUAUCGUGAAGUCCAUUCACGACAAAAUGUUUCAUCUUCGUGAAAGAUCUACUACUUCCUCGAAGCAUUUCAUCCACCGCUCGUUCCGGCGACUUGAGCACCAAUUGCCAGAUCCGACGGCUGAUCUUGUAGUCUUGGAGCCGAAGCAAACCCCGCUACAAAGGGAUGAUACCGGGUCCAGCAACUCGGAUAUCCAUAGCCGCAGGGAGAAGUGGUGGAGUGGAGGAGGGAAGGAAGGCAUGGAAGCGAGCGGGGCGGAGAUCGCGUUCUUCGACGUGGAGACGACGGUGCCAAGCCGGUCCGGCGAAAGGUUUGCGCUGCUGGAGUUCGGGGCUAUCCUCGUCUGCGCGCGGCGGCUGGUGGAGGUCGGAUGCUACUCCACCCUCAUCCGGCCCGCAGACGUCGCCGCCAUUUCCCCCGUUUCCAUCCGCUGCAAUGGCAUCACUCCCGACACCGUCUCCGCUGCCCCGACCUUCCGCGAUGUCGCUGACCGCGUUUUCGACGUUCUCGACGGACGGGUGUGGGCGGGGCACAACAUUGUGAGGUUUGAUUGCGCUCGGAUAAGAGAGGCAUUUGAGGAGCUCGGUCGGCCGGCGCCCGAACCUAAGAGCAUAAUUGACACACUGCCGUUGCUUACUCAAAAAUUCGGCAGACGAGCUGGAAACAUGAAGAUGGCUAGUUUGGCAACUUACUUUGGGCUCGGACAACAGAGGCACAGGAGCUUAGAUGAUGUCAGAAUGAACCUGGAAGUUCUCAAGUGUUGUGCUGCAGUUCUGUUUUUGGAGGUGAAUCUCCCAGAUGUAUUUUCUCUGGAUAAGUUGGUGCUUACCAAUACACCAUCAGGGACUGAGACCUAUGAAGAUGCUUCUCAUUCUCAUCAGCGAACUCCGGGCUCACCGUGUGAUGAAUUCACUGAUCAGCAAACUAACAGACAUAUCUUGAAUACCUAUCAAGCUGGACCUAGUAUUUCUGUUUCAGAGAAUGCUUCCAACUUGGUGGCAUCUAUGGAGCAAAUGAACAUAGACUUAUUACAGUCGAACACACAGUUGCCCCAAAUAAUAGAAUCUGACUGUGAUAGAAUUUGUACCACAGUUCCUACUGAAAACUCCAAUUGUUAUGUUGGAUUUCUGGAGGCUGAUCAAGUGUUACCAGACAAGAUCAGAGCACCUACAGUCCAAAAUUUUCAAAAGACUAUUCUUUACAGAGAUUGCCCCUUGCAGCUUUCUUGUAUGGGGAUGAAGAUCCAUUUUGGAGUCAACUCAAAAUUCAGAGACUAUUCUGGCCGGCCAAAACUAAGUAUUGUGGUGGAUGCUCCUCAUAACUUAUGCAAGAUUUUGGAUAUCUGCAACCGAGUUGCACAAGCAUCAUCACAGAAUUCUGGUAGCAACUCUGAAUGGCGACCUGUGCUAAAGAGGCUUGGCCACUCAAAUACUGCUACUAUUCGACUGCACAUCCCCACUGUGGCAAAUGGUGAUGGAGCCAUUUACUCCACUGAGAUGUACCACAAAGACCCUUCAGGGAACAUGCAGAAGCUUCUUUUCAGCAGACCAGAUGCCGCUGAGCUCGAGUCAAUAUUUGUGCCAGGAACUACAGUUGAUGCUUAUUUCAUUGCAGACAUCUACGAUUUCCAACAGAAUGCAGGCAUCAAGCUGGUAGCUAGAAGAUUGGUUGUUCUCUCGAAAUAGAUUGGACGUUACCCGUCAUCCCUAACUUGUAGUGCACAUUGUUGAUGCUAAAUCAUGUAAUUUAAUCUACUUAUCAUUGUCAUUUGUUUAAAUUAAGUGAAAUUAUUAGAUUUGUUCC